ACCUGUAUACAGAUAUUGCAUUUUGUCAAUAAAACAAUCAAAAGAAUCGAUACGCGCUUCACGGAAAACUCCGAAGCCUCGGCACAGCACGUAGUUACCAGGCAGGCAGCUUUUCCAACAUGGCAGCGUCAAGCAACGCAGAACAAACGCAGUUGCAAGAUAUGGAGGAGGAAGAUGCAGGGAUGGAGGAGAGGGAUAUGGAAUCGGGCGACGAGCCGGAGGAGGGCAUGGGAGAAGAACAUGCUGACGAAGAAGAGGACGAUUCUUCGGAAGACGAGAAAGAAAAUGAAGCUGAGAUCCAACGGUUGGAGGAGCAGCUGUCAAUCAAUGCCUUCGACUACAACUGCCACGUGGAUCUCAUCAAACUACUCAAGCAGGAGGGCGAACUUUCCCGUCUGCGAAAGGCAAGGCAGAAGAUGAGUGAGCUUUUCCCACUCACUGAAGAGAUCUGGCUAGAUUGGCUCAAGGAUGAGAUCCGUCUGACUGAGGAGGAGCCAAACCGGGAGAAAGUAUAUGAACUUUUUGAGAAAGCUACAAAAGAUUAUAUUUGUCCAGAUAUCUGGCUUGAAUAUGCUCAGUAUUCAAUUGGUGGCAUGGGAUCACCAGGUGGGAUAGACAAGGUGAGAUCCAUCUUCGAGAGAGCGGUGACAGCGGUGGGGCUUCACAUGACCAAGGGACAGAUGGUGUGGGAGGCGUACAGAGAGUUUGAGAAUGUCAUUCUGUCCACAGUACAGCCUCCCCCUGGCAGGAUUCCCAGCCGCGAGGAGCAGGAUCUGUUGAAAACUCAGCUUGAUCGUAUCCAUACACUGUUUCGCCGCCAGCUGGCCAUCCCCUUAAUGGACAUGGAAGCCACCUAUGCAGAGUAUGAGGAGUGGUCUGAACAUGGGGUGGCUGAGACGGUCAUACAUCAGUACAAAAAGGCUUUGCAGCAGUUGGCCAAGUGCAAAUCUUUAGAAGAAUCACUGAUAGUAGCAGAGCCUCCUAAACUGGCAGAGUAUCAGUCCUACAUCGACUUUGAACUAAAGGAGGGCGACCCAGCACGGAUCCAGAUCAUCUUUGAGCGGACCCUGGCAGAGAACUGCCUGGUACCAGACAUGUGGGCAAAAUACACCACCUAUCUUGAUCGUCAGCUGAAGAUCAAAGAUUUGGUUCUCUCCUCUCAUGAACGUGCGGUCAGGAACUGUCCCUGGACCAUGGGUCUGUGGAAGAGCUACCUGCUAGCUCUGGAGAGGCAUGGAGCUGACCAUCACACUGUCUCAGAUGUUUUUGAGAAGGCGCUGAAUGCAGGUUUCAUUCAGGCGACAGAUUAUGUGGAAAUUUGGCAGGCACACCUUGACUACCUGAGGAGACGUGUGGAUUUCAGCAAAGAAUCAAGUAAAGAGUUGGAGGAGCUACGAGGAGCUUUCUCUCGGUCUUUGGACUACAUGAAACAAGAUGUGGAAGAAAGAUUUGGUGAAAGUGGAGAUCCUUCUUGUAUCAUAAUGCAGAUCUGGGCAAGGAUAGAGGCCCUACACUGCAAGAACAUCCAAAAAGCCAGAGAACUGUGGGACAGUAUCAUGACGAAAGGGAACGCUAAAUAUGCCAACAUGUGGCUGGAGUACUAUAACCUCGAAAGGUCUUACGGAGACCCUGUUCACUGUCGGAAAGCUCUCCACAGAGCAGUUCAGUGCACCUCCGACUACCCUGAGCAUGUGAGUGAAGUCCUGCUCACAUUCGAGAGGGUGGAAGGUUCUCUGGAGGACUGGGACGUGGCAGUGCAGAAGACGGAGACCCGGCUGAACAGGAUUAAUGAGCAACGAGCAAAGGUGGCUGAGAAAGAAGCCAACCUGGCUCGCCAAGAGGAAGAGAAAGGCGAUCAGCGGCGGAGGACCAAGGUAGACAAGAAGGCUCAGAGGAAGGUCCAGAAGGGAUCUCGAGUUGGGGAGAAGAGGAAAGCAGAGCAGGAUGAUUAUCAAGAUGAGUGGAAUGAUAACUCUGAACAAGUGCCUAAAAAGCACAGAGGAAAUGGGGACCAAACCACCGAAGACUACAUGGAGACCGAGACAGGACUCUUUGGGAGGAACGCUCGCCCUGGCUAUAAGCCGCCUCCACCCGGCAAUAAAAGAGCCCAGCAGGGAGCUGCAGCCGGCGAACAGCAGAGCGAUGACAAGCAAGAGCUUCGCAACGAUAACAGCAGCGUAUUCAUCAGCAACCUGGCAUACACCCUGAAGGAGCCAGAGGCAAAGCUCAGGACCCAGUUUGAGACCUGUGGUCCCAUCAAACAGGUUCGCCCCGUCUUCGGCAACAAAGGGACCUUCAAAGGCUACGGCUAUGUACAGUUUGAAUCCCCAGUGUCUGUCCCUGAAGCUCUAAAGCUGGACCGACGGGAGGUGGAGGGCAGGCCCAUGUUUGUGUCACCUUGCGUCGACAAAAACAAAAAUCCUGACUUUAAGGUGUUUAAAUACAACACAUCCAUAGAGAAACAAAAAAUCUUCAUCUCUGGGCUGCCGUUCACAUGCACUAAAGAGCAACUGGAGGAAAUCUGCAAAAGUCAUGGCACCAUCAAAGAUAUUCGUCUGGUCACAUAUCGCUCAGGAAAACCCAAGGGUCUGGCAUAUGUUGAGUUUGCAGAUGAAGCCCAGGCAUCUCAGGCAGUUCUGAAAAUGGACGGCAUGAAUGUAGGGGACAACAAAAUCUGUGUUGCUAUAAGUAACCCUCCUCGCAGAAAUAUGAUGGAUAAACCUGGAUCCAACAGGCCCACAGACAUGAUGCCUCGUCAGGUCUUUGGAUCGAGAGGCAGAGGACGCACCCAGCUCUCAUUACUCCCUCGUUCCCUGCACCGACAAAGUGGGCCUGGAAGCAAAGUCGAGAACGGGACCGCGGCUGAGCAGGUGCCAGCAACUGCUAGCGCAGUAGUGAAUGCAGCCGGAGAGACGAAACCUUUGUCAAAUUCAGACUUUGCCAGGAUGCUUCUCAGCAAGUGAGAAGAUGGAGAGAGAAUUACGGCCGUCUUCACACUGAAAGCCGUCUUGUGUCCUUAGAAAUCAGUAUUAGUGAUUUUUCUGUAAUUAGUUACCCGCCUUCCCUUUAAUCUCAGUCCUAUUCUCAUCAUCCGUUGUGCGAGAUUUGCCUUAAUCGCUGAGCUCCUGCUCUCCAUGGGAAAGCCUUUUUGCUCAAGACUUUUCACCAGUGUGACAGUUUUUGUUUUGUUUGUUGAAGGUGGUUGGCCGGCUAUUUUAUAAAGAAAAGUGUAUCAUAUUUGUGUGUAAAUAUACUGUAUCUAAAAUUGUACACCUCAUGUUGCGAAGUUUCUUCUUUUGUUGUAUAAUGUGAAAGGAAUCUGAGAAUCA